CGACGACGAGUAACCGCCCAGAUUUGCGCAGGGUGACGAUGAUUGACUGGAGACAAGACAAUGCCCAGAAAUGAUGGUAGCCAGCUAUUCUUGUACGCAGUAUAUUAGACCAAGCGGUAGGCGCCCAAGAUGAAUUUCGACCAUUGCUCCUCUCCUCCUACCUCACGCCCUCCGUCACUCUGGUGAUUGUUUACUUGAUUCUAUAGUCGUCAAUACGACUACCUAAGAUAGCCAUGUCGGCAGGCCACUCUGAACCUCAAGUCCUCUACAGCGUCCAGAACAUCUCUGCAUUCGCCGUGCAAGAUGGAGAAGAGCAUCCGAUUACCACAACAGGGCCACAGACCCUUUCGCUACUGAUGGUGCCAACUGCAUCACCUUUUGCAGAUCUCUCCACCACCGAGCCAACAAGCGCCGCCCCGGAAGAAGACUUCUACCUCCAUCUUCACCUGCCUCCAGAGCUCGAUCUACCAUUGCCUGCGACGACUCAGAUCUUCCACAAACCACCGAGCAGUUACCUCAUCCCGCGGUGGGACUUGGGCCCCGAUUCUGGAGCUUUCAUACGCCUUCAGUUUCCUUCAAUAGGUACGGGGCCGGGGAAAGUGACCCAAGAGGAGGUAGACACUUUCGAGACAAUCCUCGCACAGUGUACGGCAUUCCUUGAGAGAGCUCACACAGCCGAUCCUGGCUAUGAACGAUAUAAUCCACAAGAUUACAAGCCAGGACAGGGAUACAUCAGCUCUGCAGGCACGGGAAGUGGUCACCUGCCUCAGCAUGGUCAGAUCGUCCUUAUAGACGAAGAGAACGGCAGCGUGAUUGGAGAAUUGGGAGAAAAUUAUGAUGUGAUUGAGGCCUCUAGCGUCAGACCUGGGUCAAAGCGCCCCGUACAACUUCAGCUGCCUACUGAAGGACAAGGCAACCAAAUUCGGGUGGACAAUGUGUCUGAAGAGUACCUGUCACUGGCGACACACCCUGCUUAUGCCAAAUCGACCAUCGUACAGAGUUCCGCCACCGCUUCCAGGUUCAUAGUCACCAGCUCGAAUUAUUUGGCCGAAAAGAUGUCAUCUGGUGCGGAUUCAUAUCAAAUGAAGACACAGCCGAAUCCGAAACCUAUGACCUUUUCUCCUGCGACCCACGCUCGCAUUCGACAGAUUCAUUCUUUCACUCAAGGUGCCGUUGGACUGAGUGCGAAGACUGUGGGCCAAUUGGGAAAAUAUGCUCAGAACUUUGGCGCCAGAAUGGCCGGCAAAGGUGAGAAAGGCAAGAAAGAACCCGGCAAAGACUUCAAACCGGGUUUUCUGAACAAGUCAAUGAUUGCUUUCUCAACUAUUGCCGAUGGCAUCGAUCAGGCUGGUCGGAAUCUUUUGGCCUCCAGCUCAGUAGCAGCAACCAACGUGGUCGGUCACAAGUAUGGCAAGGAAGCCGGCAAUGUCAUGUCAGGUCUGGCAGGUGGUGUGAAGAAUGUUGGUCUGGUCUACAUUGACGCGAUGGGAGUUUCAAGACGAGCAGUGAUCAAGUCUGUGGCCAAGGGCAUGGUCAUUGGACGCAUGCCAAACGGCCAGCAACUGGUGGUAGGGGCCGGUGAUGGUGGUGUUGUGCCAGCUGAGGCACUGCCCCAUGACGCGAAGGAAAGCGACCAUUACUCGAGUGACGUCUAUGGAGGGGCUGCACAAUCCGGUGUCAGCAAACCAGGAUAUGGUGUUGAGAGUUUCGGGAAUGCUGCAAAUGGACCACCGGCCUACUCUUCUGGAGUAGGCGAGCCGUUGGGGUCGACAUUGCAAGGACAAAACGUGCGGGAGAAGCGCUGAGAGUAUGAUAUAUGAUGGCAUGUUUAUGAAAAGCAUUCUAUCUGUUCCACGAAACAAAGAUGAUAUCAAGGUCCCCCAACAUGGCAAUUGUUCUGGAACACAGACCGGACCAGGGUCCUCGUGGAUGAAACAACGCACUGUGCAAUGAGGUGAUGUCGAGCAUCCGUGCACCAGGAUCC